GUCAAGACCAUAAAACUCCCUUUCAAGGCUUUCCUGGCCAGGGGAGAGGAACAGGUCAAUCUGGUGGUAUAAGAUCGAAGUCGUUCGUUGAAUCAAUGUCCGUCGCGGUAACCAUAGAAACAGUUAAUCUAACGUCACCGAAUGACAAAUGGCCAAAAAGGGACAGACCGCUCAAUUACAGACCGAACUGGGCACGGACGAAGAAUGGGAAAAGUACCUGCAAAAACCGGGACUUCUGGUGAUAGACGUGUAUUCCGAUUGGUGUGGACCAUGUACAGCAAUGCAGGCCAACUUAAAAAAGCUCAAGGUGGAAAUUGGCGGGGACACUCUUCAACUGGCAGUGGCCAAAUGUGAUGGUAUCACUGCAUUGGAAAGGUUCAGAGGGACUAGUGAACCUACUUGGAUGUUAGUUUCGGAGGGCAAAAUGGUCAACUUCUUGUACGGCGCCAACGCACCCAAGCUGAGCCAGGUCAUCACGGACGAACUCAGGCUGCAGAAGAUGGUCGAGGAGGGCAGCUACACCAGAGAGGAGGUGCUGGAGGUAACAGACAGGGCUCCCGACGAGGCCAAGCGAUGGGAGUUGAUCCAGAGCAAGCUCGCCGAGGAGGAGGCCUUGGAAGAGAAGAAGAGGGCGGAAGAGGUGCACCAGAGGCUUCUGAAAGAGUCGGACGCCAUCCUGGAAAACCUCGGCAAUCUGGGGGUGAUGGUGGUCCUGCCCCACGCCAGGGACAAGUACCUGGAUGUGAUGAAAGACCUGAUGAACGAGGCCGGAUUGGUGAUCAGCAUCUCGGAGAAGGCGAAACUGACUAGCGAGCAGAUACAAGGCGUGUCCUACUUCCUCGAGGAAGACCAGAACCUUUUCCUGCCCGAGAAAUCCCUGGAGCACAUGUUCGCUGGUGGCGAUUCGCAGAUCAUGGUGGUGAAGGCCAGCCACGGUACUGCCGACAGAGAAGAUCCGGUGUCUGUGCGAGUCCUGGAAGUGGUGUAUGGCAACAUGAAGCAGCCUCCGGGAGAUCCAGACUGUCCAUAUCAGAAAUUGAUCAAGUAUCCUUCGGUGGAAAACGUUUUGUCGUCUCCAGCUUUGGCUUCCACUUCGCAGGUUUUGGAGGAUCAAAUGGCGGAUGCGUCCAAGUCCAAGUCAGCGAUGGCGCAACCUCCCCCUCCCCCUGCCCCUGAACCUGAAAAGAGUCUCGACGAAGGCAGCGAGGAAGAAGGCUCUGAGGCAGAGAUCGAGAACUACCUCAUAGGUAUCUGGGCGCCGCCCACAAGGAGGAUAUUGUCCAGUUGCUUCAAGAUCCUGUUUCCGCGGAUGGCGGCUCCAAUUUUGAUACCGGAACCACCGCCAAAGCCUCCUUACAUAAGCGUCUGCUACCCCAUCGACAAAAGGUCGAAAAUCCAAGACAUGAUACAAGAAUGGGAGACGGAGAUUGAGAGAUACGGCAUCUUCACCAGCUUCGUACCUGAGGAGGCCCAGCUGGUUGCCAAGUCCUUCAAGAAGUUCGAUAAGGCCGAUGUGCCGAAGACUGGCGAAGAGAAGAUAGUGAUCCAAUUGGCACGUAGAAGAAGCGAGUGUUUAUUGUCCUUCGCUUGUGAAAUUCCAGCCUACAUGAGUCCGAACGUUCACCAAGGAAAGAGAGAAUGCAAGAUUUUCUUCCCAGAGGGUUAUGACGAACCUCCAGAAAUGGAAGAGGAGGGUGAAGAGGAGGACGAAGAAGAGGGAGAAUUCGACGAGGAGUCCAUGGCAGUCGAAUUUGAGGAGAACAAAAUCGUAGAUGAUGCCGGCAUGUUAGAGGAUGUUCCUGCUCCCGAUGAAGCAUCAAUGAUGGAUGAUACUGAGGCUACGGAAGCAAGUGUGGAACCUGAGGCUCCCACUGAAGAAGCCUCCAUCGAUGUGACCCUUACCCGAGACAUAAUGGAGGAAAUCCUCUAUUUUUCGGAUCAGAAGGCCGAACACCUUAUCUUCGAAGAGAACCCCAAGAAGCCCACCCUAGGUGUAACCCUAAAAAGAUCCUCUGAGAACCUUCCAGGAAACGUCAUAGACGACGUUGUGCUCCAGGUGGUGUACGGUAACAGCAGGAAACAUCCCGGUGACGAAGGCUCCCCCAGCAAGAAAUUCCUAAAGGUUGACCCCGACGACAGGACCUUCAUUGGACUCUGGGCUCCGCCAAACACGCGCUGCAAGGCCAUGGCCAUAAAGUUGCUGUUUCCAUCGCUGGGCAAGGCUUACAAACUACCAGAGUUCGAACAUGUUCCAUUGCACGUGGUAAUGGCGUAUGACGCCUUCAAGACAAACGAUCUGAUGGAGCUGUCAAAGCAGCAUCCUGGAGGUGUUAUGAGGUUCGGUUUCUUCGAUUCGGACCAGCCAGCUGAGGCGAAGUUGAUAGCAAAGACGGUUGAGGAGUUCGAGACCAGAAGCGUGCCAGUCAAUUUCGAAGAAAAAAUAAUUCUGCAAAUAUCGAAGGAGAACAAAGAAUGUUUCACAGCUUUUUUGGACAUUGGACCUUCCUACCGCAGUAUAAACGUUGAGAUAGGUGAGAAAGAUAGCUCACUCAUCUUUCCUCCUGGUUACGACGCACCCCUCAAACAGGAACGAGAAGUUUCGAAAAAAUCAAAGAAGAAAAAGACCAAAAUAGUUCAGCAAGUGACCGUGAACAAAGAAGGAGAAGAAGUUAUCGAGACAUUGAUAACAGAUCAAACUGAAGAAAUUGAUGAGCAGAAGACGAACAGUAAGGAAGAUGGAGAUGAAAAUGGUGACGAAGAAUAUGAUGAGGAGGAAGAAGAAAUUAAUAUAGAUACUGAAGACGCUGAAACUGUAGCUGGAGAAGAAAAGGCAACAUCUCCAAUGACAGAAUAGUUAUAAACAUAAUAGAAUAAUAGUAGGUAAUAAUAAUCCAAAAAAGUAUAGGUAAUAAUAAUAUAGCUUCAUUUAGUACCCUAAAGGUUAAAUAUAUUAUCAUAUAGGAAAUAUAUAUAAAUAUUUCAUUCAGGCUUUGG